UCAGUAGAGCAGUGCCGCUGGAUAGCUCUCUCGUCGACCGCAGGCUCCAGCCAAAAAGACGUGACCUAACGUUUUAUUUUUAAUUUUAUUUAUUAAUUUCUCAUCGUAUCUUCACCUCAAACAAGAUGUAACUUGUUGACAUCACCUCACAUAUAUUCAUGUAUUUGAAAAGAGCCGGGAGUGAGUGCGCAGAGACGAGAAGCCGAGCUGUUCUGGCGAAUGGAACUUAUUGUUUUGCAUUUGUUUUGACUAUGUUAUCCCCAAGUGAGUUUGGGUUCAGUCCGUCUCUGUUCGUCGUCGACCCUUGAAUUUUUUUGGGAUUUAUAUCCGAAUAGUUUAAGGGAAACACCGAAAGAGGAUCCUGCAAAGCCAGCAAGCUUUUCCUACCGAGCCGGGGAUUUAAAUCGUCAUUUGGUGGUGCUCCGGGAGAGGCGAGAGUCAAAGAAAGAAAUUCAUGUGGCCAUUCUCUCUAUAGCCAAACAUUUUUGGGGAUUGCAUGAUGAGCAAGGAAAGACCGAAGCGGAAUAUCAUUCAAAAGAAAUACGAUGACAGUGAUGGGAUCCCGUGGUCGGAGGAGCGGGUGAUGAGAAAGGUGCUUUAUCUCUCCCUAAAGGAAUUUAGGAGUGCACAGAAACGGCAGCUGGAUGGUGAUGGAACCACAAACUCCAAUGGUUCCCUAGCCAAUGGGCAGCUGAACGGCUCGGGAUCAAAGGGCAGCCACAAAGAAGAUGGGUCCUUGCGCUCUCAGGGCCUGGAUGGGAGCAGGGAGUACUGUGACAGUCCUGCAAAGAAGAGACCUCGGCUCCAGGCUCAGAGGAAGUUUGCCCAGUCGCAGCCCAACUCGCCCAGCAGUACGCCCGUCAAAGUGGCCGACCCAGGCAGCCUGAACACCGGCCUGGCCACCGUGCCCUCCUCAUCCCUCUCGUCGCUCUCCUCAUCAUCCCUGUCCUCUUCCAUUCAGGACCUGUCCAGGCGCAAGCCCAAGACGGAGGACUUUCUCACCUUCCUCUGCCUCAGAGGUUCAUCGGCACUGCCCAGCAACAUGGCCUACUUCGGAAGCUCCCAGGAGGAGGAGGACCUGGAGGAGGAGGACGAGGAGGAGGAGGAGGAGGUGAGGAACGGCGGUGGUAUCCACUCCCACGGUGGGGGAAGCAGCAGCCAAGCCUCGGCCUCCUCCUCUUGCCACUCGACACCCCGCAAGGGCAAGCUCCCUGCCAGGCAGCCGCUCAAUGGGCAUGUGUUCAACAGUCACGGUAAAGCAGGGACCAGGGAGAGUCCGAGGCCCAAGGCGGGGACCCACGGCAGGGACGCGCCUGCCCCGCCACUGCCACCCCCUCCCCCUCCACCUCCGCCCCUCCUGAGGGAGCGCAGUGAGCGGGCAGAGGCACGGGAGCAUGCCAGGGAGCAACAGGCCUUGGCCAGCGGUCGAGGCUCAGCCAACGGGCUGCCACCGAGGAGGGCUGCUGAAGAGCUACGCAAGCAGGUCUCUAAAGUGAACGGGCUGACGCGGGCAGGCUCGGCACAAGCUGUUGGUGGUGCCAAAAAGAGCCGCGACUUCCGACUGCCGUCCAAAACUGUGAAGAAGUACACAGCCACCGUGUCCAAGGGCCACGUCACUUACACCAAAGCCAAACAGAAAGAACUGGGCAAGAAAACCAAACUCAGCAGCAGCAGCAACAAACACAACAGCGCCGCCUCGGCACCAUCGUCAGCAAACAAUCACAAUCAGCACAGCCAGCCAGCAGCCAGCAAUGGGCUGGCCAACUCAGGAAAAGCAGCGGCACCAGCCCACCACAGCAAUGCAAAAACCCGCAAACAGGUGCUACUAUCCAAUGGGCUGCACAAUGUGGCUGCCGGUGCCCGCCUCAACGGGAGGCUAAAUGGGCAGCGGCACAACACCCUGGCCAAGGAGGAUGGGCAGAGACAGUGCCAGCAGGGCCAGGGGGAGUGUCCAGGUCGAGAGGGACUGCGCAACUCCAAGCGGCGUCUGGAGGUGGUGCUCAAUUCAGUGGGGACAGGGGUUGUUGAGCAGAAAGCCAAAACCACUGGCACUGAGGCCAAGAAGGCCAAGCUUCAGCCGACUCCUCUGGAGACACGCAGCAGCAGCAAGAAGGUGGCCAAUCAAGAGAAAGCUGCCACACAAAUCACCACUCCAGUUUCUAAUGGACAUCAAUCAGAAACACCCCCUUCUCCUAAACAAACUCCACCUGUUACCCCACCUCCUACUCCCCCUCCUCAACAAACCCCACCUCCUUCUACACCAGCAGCCAAUGCGGAGCCGGUGAACCAGCGACCUAAGCGGGCAUCGGCCGGCAAGCUGAUGUUGAUACGACAAGCACAGCAGCAGCAGAGCAGGUCUCAUGGUCGUAACUCCUCCUCUUCCUCCCCCUCAUCAGGCCAGAAUCACCCACAGAACCCCAGUCGUGCCAGCACUACCUCAGACUCCCAACAAACCUCUGUGUCCUCCUCCUCCUCCACCUCCUCUCUACUUUCUUCCACCAACAGCCCCGGACAGCUCAAACCAGCAGCGUUGCGGCCUGCUGAACGUGACAAGGAGUGGGAGCGUGAGAAAGAGAUGACACGCCAGAAGGAACGUGAGCAGGAGAAGGAGUGGGAGCGCCAGCGGAGUAGGCCAGAGGGCUGGGCAGCGCUGGGUGAAGUCCCUGUCUUCCGGCCAGUGCCGCGGGAGUUCCAGGACCCCCUGGUGUACUUGGAUGCGGUGAGGGAACAGGCCGAGGCGGCUGGCAUGUGCCGCGUAGUCCCGCCUCCAGACUGGCGACCAGAGUGCAAGCUGAGCGAGGAGAUGCGUUUUGUUACACAGGUGCAGAGGGUCCACAUGCUGGGCCGGCGCUGGGGCCCCAACGUGCAGCGGCUGGCCUGCAUCCGCAAGCACCUCAAAUCUCAGGGCAUUACCAUGGAUGAGCCACCUGUCAUUGGUGGCUGUGAAGUGGACCUGUCACGUUUUUUCCAGCUCAUCAAUGACAUGGGCGGCAUGCAGCAGGUGAUGGACCUGAAGAAGUGGACCAAGCUGGCUGACCUUCUGCGCAUCCCUAAGUCAGCGCAGGACCGACUGGCCAAGCUGCAGGAGGCUUACCUCCAGUACAUCCUCUCCUAUGACUCGCUUAGCGCUGAGGAGCGCCUCCGACUGCAGGCUGAGGUGCUGCAGGAGAAAAAGAACCUGGAGUCGCGCCGGGGCCCUCUGGAGGGUCUCUUGGACUCCUCAGCACCUAGUGCUCUGGUCCUGCCACGCUAUGAGCCCAAGAAUGGGCUAGCAGGUGGGAUAGUGGGAGGGGCAACGGGGCACCAGCGCACCAAUGGAGUGUAUAACCAUCUGAAGGAGCUGGAGGCUCAGGUCAAAGCGGGCCGGCGCCGGCUCUUCGCUCAGGAAAAACAAGGCAAAGAGGACAGGCAGCAUGGAGAGGAGCAGCACGAGGAAGACAUGGGCGUUCUCAGUGACCAGCACAAAUGUAUUUACAAGGUGAGGAUGAAGAAGACAUUUGCUGUUUAUGCCACACAUUUGAAGCAUACAGACAAGAGGCAUGGGAAAUCGGUGUCUUUGACUAACUUCUUCAGGAUAGCCCGGAACACCAUGACCAUGUGCUUUAACAAGGAACCAGGGGCUGCUGAGGUUGAGCAAGAGUACUGGAGGAUUGUGGAGCAGAGAGACUGCCACGUGGCAGUGCAUUGUGGGAAGGUGGACACCAGUACACAUGGCAGUGGUUUCCCCACAGGAAAGUCAGAGCCAUUUUCAAAACAUGGAUGGAACCUCACUGUCCUCCCUAAUAACUCUGGAUCCAUUCUGAGGCAUCUGGGUGCUGUGCCUGGGGUGACCAUUCCCUGGCUAAACAUUGGCAUGGUCUUUUCUACCUCAUGCUGGUCUCGAGACCAAAAUCGCCUUCCAUAUAUUGAUUACUUACACACUGGUGCUGAUUGCAUUUGGUAUUCUAUCCCUGCUGAGGAGAAGGCUAAGCUGGACAAGGUGGUCCAUACACUGCUUCAGGCCAAUGGCACCCCAGGACUAGAAAUGUUGGAGAAGAACAUCAUGAUCUCUCCAGAGGUACUGUGCCGUGAAGGUAUCAAGGUUUACCGUACGGUCCAGCGGAGCGGGCAGUUUGUGGUCUGCUUCCCCGGUGCCUUUGUCUCUAAAGUGUGCUGUGGCUACAGCGUAUCAGAGACGGUGCACUUUGCCACACCGCACUGGAUGAACCUGGGUUACCAGGCCGCAAAGGACCUGAAAUGUCGUCGUAUAGCCAAACCCUUCUCCAUGGAGAAGCUACUGUACCAGAUCGCCACAGCCGAAUCCAAGAGGGACAAUGGCCUUCUCCUCACCACCAUCUCCGCCCUUCUCAAAGACCUCAGGAACAUAGAGAUGCUCCAACGGCAGGAACUUUACAACGCAGGUUUGCACUCCUCCGCUCGCUAUGGCACGCAUGACGGCAGCCUAGGCCCCGGUGACGGACGCAAGAAGCCCCGUGGGAAAUGGCUAGCACUGGAGUCUUCAGAGAGACGCUGCCAGAUCUGUCAGCACCUUUGCUACCUGUCCAUGGUGGUUCAGGAGACUGACAAUGUGGUCUUCUGUCUGGAGUGUGCCCUGCGUUAUGUGGAGAAGCACAAGUCCUGCAGAGGCCUUAAGAUGAUGUACCGAUACGAUGAGGAGCAAAUCAACAGUUUGGUGAACCAGGUGUGUGGCCGGGCCAUGUUAAAGAAUAGCGGUGGCGGUGGUGGAGGAGUCGUCAUCAGUGGAGGAGGAGGGGAACCCUGCCUUGGCUUACCCCCCGCCAAAGCAUCACCGGCCAAACGAGGCCCCCGAAAGCGUGCCACUGUGGAGGUGUCCCUGGCACGCCUGUCCUCCAGCCACAUGCCCAAGGCCGCGGCUGUGUCCUGAGGGGGACUCCUUGACAUCGCCACCCUGUGCGCUGUGCCCACGUCUUGCCCCACCCCUUCCUACACCCUCCCCACACUCUCUUUUUUUUUUGUUUUUUUUACAUUAAGCAGGAUCACUAUCAAUCCCUCCUCCACCACCCAAUAUUUAAGAUUAUUUGUUUUGAGCUUUGAAAAUCCCCUUACCUGACCUCAGGCCCCCCCUUCCAAAAAAUACUCACCUUCCCCCUUAGUAUGACAGGCUUGUUUAUACAAAAAAAAGAAAGAAAAGAGAAACAAGUUGUCUUUUUUGCACUAGUGUGAAAGAAGAAUUUGUUUUUAUUCUGGAUGGUUUUAGAAUCCCCUACCCCGCCCCUCCUGAAGUCGUCCUCAACAGCAUUACAAGCAUUAAGUGUAACGUUCACAAGAAGACUUGAUGGGCCCUGUUAUACCCUUUACCUCCAUCCUCCCUUUACUGAAAUGGGUUACAUUUGUUACCUUUUUCUUGCAUCACUCUUUCCUGCCCUCCUCUCUCCCCUGAGACUGAACCCGCUAAACCCCAUCCCUUCUCAUCACACGUCACUCUACUGUGAACAUGGGACGAAUGAAAAGGCGGCCUUUUCUUUUUCUCCUCCCUAGUUUUCUGAAAUGAAAAUGAUAACGAGUAGUUACCCAAAGUUUCUCUCUGUCCUUGGUUUGAGGAAGAAGAGUCCUUUUUUAUUGAUUUUAGGUGUUCUUGAUGCAGCUCCUGCAUUGCUUUUUUUUCUCCUUUUUUUUAAAAGGGGGUUUGGCGAUGCGAGGUAAAAACUUGAAAGACAAAUGAUGUUGGUUGGCUAUGUUUUUUCAAGUUCUAUUUUGAAUUUUAGCCUAGUUUUUUUUGCAAGAAGUCUUCUGUGUUUUUUUUUUUUUUUUUUUUUUUUUGUCAUUGUCGAUGUUUCUGUUCAUUGGUGGAUGUGAGAAGGGGCAGAGCUACAGCUGCUUGACCUGUGUAAGGUCACCGCUCACCUCACUUCCUGGUAGUAUGGAGGGAUCCCUCCUUCGCUAGCAAGUGAAAACUGUGCCUGAUACUUAGCGAGGAGAUCCAUUUUAUUGGUGCUGUUGAUUAUAAUUACUGUAUAACAACACAAAAAUUUAAAAUCUGGGGGUUAGCGCCUGUUGUCGGCUAACAGCUAGCUCACGCGCCCCCAUCCCACAGGGCAGAAAAGCUUUCAGGCUUCUCUGGUUCUAGAUGUGCAAUCGUGUUAACAUUCCAUUCUUCCAGUCCUCUUGUUUCAUCUGUACCAGUAAACAUUAAUUAUUAUAUUAUAUUAUUAUUAUUAUUUUGUGUUCUUUUCUUUUUUUUUUUACUUUUGUUGAUCUGAUGUGUUAUCUCAAGUAGAGCCACUAGUUAAAGAGUGUAAAAUGUGAAAUAUCAAAUCCAAUUUAGUUUUUUUUUUCUUUUAUUGUCCUUUGUUUUUUGGCUUUUGCAUUUGUUCCCUUUUUCAGAUAUAUUAUGAGUGAUUUUUAGAGAGGAAAAAAAGUCCAACACAAACAAAACAUCAACUUUUUUUGUACAUAAUCCUGUAAAUUUCUUUAAAUACUUGAGCCUUUUUCUGGGGUUGAGGAAGAAAGAAAGGAAGGAAGGAAGGAAUAAAGAGAAGAAGUGAGAAAAAGUUCCAGAGGAGAGUGCUUGAUGAAGAAAAAGCCUUACAUUUCCCUUUCUUCAUCCGUGUGAGUUUGAUGCUUACAGGGUCGCUCUGGUAAACGUGUAUAAAAAUUUUAAGUGCUGCUUAUAUCACUAAGAAAGAAGAUAUUGAGUAGCCAACGACUGCCCCCAACCUAGUUUUGUUUGUUUAGCUUUACUUU